UUGUUAGAAAAAGAACAAAAAUAUCUUUCCAUUGACCUUUUCAUGUGCAAUCCGACGUGGCCUUCAACCAGCUCUCGUCGCUUCUACCCAAGUGACGCAACGCGAAACCAACCGCUCCUACUUCUCUCGAUCUCGAAACCCCAAUUUGCAUAGCAGCGUGUACACUGAGUCUGCCAAUCAACCAUUUCCAUGGCUCUCGCAAACACCGCCUUCUUCGCCUCUUCCUUUUCCCUCCUUCGAUCUAGGUUUUCUGGUCUCGAUUUCACUCCACAACUCUCUCCGUGCGAGUCAAUCAAGGUUUUCCAACUCCGCCACGACUGCACUGAGCCUGUACUCACUUUCUCGAGGAAAAACAAUAUUUUGCAUGCAUCUACGGAUGGUUUGAAUGCAGUUGAUUCAACCUCAUUGAAGUGUGAUCAAGAUGCUGAUUAUGUCCCUAUGCCAAUGGUUCUAAUCGAUCAAGAUUCAGAUUCUGAUGCAACAAUUGUACAGCUCAGCUUUGGAGAUCGACUGGGAGCUCUUAUUGACACGAUGAAAGCAUUGAAAGAUUUGGGACUGGAUGUAUCAAAGGGAACUGUUUCUACUGAGGGAUCAGUAAAGCAAACAAAAUUUUUCAUUACGCGAUUAGACACUGGGCGCAAAGUUGAAGAUCCUGAUAUGUUGGAGAGAAUUCGACUUACUAUCAUUAGCAAUCUUUUGAAGUAUCAUCCAGAAUCUAGCGUGCAACUUGCUAUGGGUGAGGCUUUUGGAAUAAUAGCACCAGAAAAGAAGCUUGAUGUUGACAUUGCAACUCAUAUACAAGUCAAGGAAGAUGGACCUAAGAGGAGCUUACUUUAUAUAGAGACAGCAGAUAGACCUGGAUUACUGGUAGAAAUCAUCAAAAUUAUUGCUGAUAUAAACAUUGACGUGGAAUCGGCAGAGAUUGAUACAGAAGGACUGGUAGCCAAAGACAAGUUUCAUGUCAGCUACAGAGGGGCAGCAUUAAACAGUUCCCUGUCUCAGGUGUUGGUGAAUUGUCUACGCUAUUAUCUCCGAAGGCCGGAAACGGAUAUAGAUAGUUACUAAUACCUGGGAGUACCACUUCUUGGCUGUCAACCCAAUGUAACUGUUCUUGUACCAAUUAAAUCAUCCUUGAGCUAUAAAAUUCCUCUGUUUGAAUUCUGUGCUUCAAGAA